CACAGUGGUCCGACGUUACGUCUUUCUUGACGUCGUGGCGAGAUCGUUAGCUCCACAGGGACCCGGACGCGACCAAGGGGAGGCAGAAGGCUCAACUACAGCACACAUGAAUAUAGCUACCAAAUCAAGAAGUUUGCAACUACCGGGAGCUAAAAAAAGCAAAAACAAAAGCCAUUCUGUGAAAAUAUAACUGAUUUUAGAAUAUCCUGAGCUGUUAUUUCAUGUUCAAGGGAAGAUUGUUUAAAAAAAAGAAAAGAAGUUGCUUCUGUAAAUUAAGCGUGAUUUCUUUUUGGAGCAAGGAGGAUAUCCUGGAUUGAGGGUUGACAAGAGCUCUGUGUACAGAAUGUGAGAUGCACUGGGACAGGGACUGGAUUUAUUAUCUUCCUCACACCUAGAACCAUGCCAAUUGAGAGAAGAAUCUAAAGAAUUAGACCAGCUCAGGUAGUUCUAGAAGCCAUGGCACAGGGAUUGGUUACAUUCAGGGAUGUGGCCAUAGAGUUCUCUCAGGAAGAAUGGAAGUGCCUGGAACCUGCCCAGAGAGACUUGUACAGGGAUGUGACUCUGGAGAACUUCAGUAACUUGGCCUCGCUAGGACUUUCCAUUUCUAAGCCCGAUGUCAUUUCCUUAUUGGAGCAAGGGAGAGAACCCUGGAUGAUUACAAAUGAUAUGACAGGACCAUGGUGUCCAGAGCUAGAGUCCAGGUGUGAGAAAUUUCCACAAAAAGAUAUUUCUGAAGUAGAGUCAUUCAAUUGGGAGAUAAUGGAAAGCCUUAAAUGCUAUGAUUUUGAUGGCUUCAGUUUGAGAGAUGACUGGAAGUACAAAGGCCAGUUUGAAAGACACCAAGUAACUCAGGAAUGCUGUUUCAAGCAAGUAAAAGUCACAUAUGAAAACAUGCCCACUUUUGAGCAUCGAGCUUCCCUCACUUUACAUCAGAACAGUGAGACUGGUGAGAAACUGAUUGAAUGUAGUGAAUGUGGGAAAGCAUUUAGCCGUGGCUCACACCUUAUUCAGCAUCAGAAAACACAUACUGGUGAAAAACCCUUUGAAUGUAAGGAAUGUGGGAAGGUCUUUAGUCGUGCCUCACACCUUGUUCAACAUCAGAGAAUUCAUACAGGUGAGAAACCUUACGACUGUAAGGACUGUGGGAAGGCCUUUGGCCGUACUUCAGAACUCAUUCUACAUCAAAGACUUCAUACUGGUGUCAAACCCUAUGAAUGUAAAGAAUGUGGAAAGACCUUCAGACAGCAUUCACAACUUAUUCUGCAUCAAAGAACUCACACAGGUGAGAAACCCUAUGUAUGUAAAGACUGUGGGAAGGCUUUUAUUCGUGGCUCACAACUUACUGUUCAUCGGAGAAUUCAUACAGGCGCUAGACCCUAUCAGUGUAAAGAAUGCGGGAAAGCGUUUAGACAGCAUUCACAGCUUACUGUCCACCAAAGGAUUCACACUGGUGAGAAACCCUAUGAGUGUAAGGAAUGUGGGAAGGGCUUUAUUCAUAGCUCAGAAGUUACUCGACAUCAAAGAAUUCAUUCUGGGGAGAAACCCUACGAAUGUAAGGAAUGUGGGAAGGCCUUUAGACAACACGCACAGCUUACACGACAUCAGAGAGUUCAUACUGGUGACAGACCUUAUGAGUGUAAGGACUGUGGGAAGGCAUUUAGUCGUAGUUCAUACCUUAUUCAGCAUCAGAGAAUUCAUACAGGUGACAAACCCUAUGAAUGUAAGGAAUGUGGGAAAGCCUUUAUUCGUGUUUCACAACUGACUCAUCAUCAGCGAAUUCAUACUUGUGAGAAACCCUACCAAUGUAGGGAGUGUGGAAUGGCCUUUAUUCGUAGUUCACAACUUACAGAACAUCAGAGAAUUCAUCCUGGGAUCAAACCUUAUGAAUGUAGAGAAUGUGGGCAGGCCUUUAUUCUUGGCUCACAGCUCAUCGAACACUACAGAAUCCACACUGGAUAGAAAGCCUUGAAUGUUAGGGGUGUAGGAGCCUUUACGUGGAGUUCACAUCUGACUCAGUAUUAGAUGAUGUGUAUGUAAUGUAAUUAACGUGAAAACCUUCACUUGUCACUUCCACUACAGAACAUCGGAUAACUCCUAGCAGAAAAAUUCAAUAAACGUGGGAAUUCUUUUUGCCUCA